UUUGUCAGCAGCCCCAGCCCGGCCGGCUCGCUCGCUCGCUCCUCCUCGCUGCACAUUGCGUCGGGCGCUGCUGCUGCUGCUGCUGCUGCGCGCCGGGCCGGCUCGGCGUCGGCUGUGGUGGAGAGACAGACGGACCCCGGGCCCAACAUGGCUGAAGUCAGCAUCGACCAGUCCAAGCUGCCUGGAGUGAAGGAAGUGUGCAGAGACUUCGCUGUCCUGGAGGACCACACCCUGGCUCACAAUCUGCAGGAACAAGAGAUUGAGCAUCACUUGGCAUCCAACGUUCAGCGGAGUCGUUUGGUCCAGCAUGAUCUCCAGGUGGCCAAGCAGCUCCAAGAAGAAGACCUGAAAGCCCAGGCUCAGCGCCAGAAACGCUACAAAGACCUCGAACAGCAAGACUGUGAGAUUGCUCAGGAAAUUCAGGAGAAGCUGACUAUUGAGGCAGAGAGACGCCGCAUUCAGGAGCAGAAGGAUGAGGACAUAGCUCGCCUCUUGCAAGAAAAAGAGUUACAGGAAGAGAAAAGGCGAAAGAAACACAUUCCAGAGUUCUCUGGAGCCAAUGAUUAUGAAGAUAGUUACUAUUAUGAAGAUGGAGACCAGCCAAGGUCAAGGAGGGCUAAGGAAUUGGGAUCUGGAUAUUCAAGGUCUCAUAGACUCCCAAGUGAUGGAAACACCACCAAGCAAAGGAAAAAGAAACCCAAACAUCCACUGGAGAACUCGGAAGAGCAGGACAACCAUCAUUCAUCAGACAGAUCCCUGUCAUCCUCUAGCUGGGGUGAAGGGAGGGACAAUCCUCACGUUAACAGUGAGCAUCGUGAGAGGAUCGGGUCUGGUCAGGAGAGGCCCCGGAGACCUCCACUCCCCAGGAUCAGUGGGGAGGUUUUUCUGACCACUGAGGCUGAUGACUGGGAGGCUUACAAUGGCCAUCGAACUCGAAAUUUGGGGAAACGGUCCCGACACCAAGAACGACUUUCACCGGUGUCCUCACCGAAUGCGGGGCUUCACUGCAAGGAAUCGGUGUGUGGGAGGGAGCCCGGGCAAGGUGAGCACAGAGGAAGGAGACACGGACCCAGGUCUCCGCCCUUCUCAGAGAGUGAGGAGCGGCCUCACCACCAUGAUCCAGGAAUGAAGCCAAGGGUGAUGAAAGAUGCUGUCUCUACUUCACGAGUAAACCACAGGGAUCAGGAAUGGUAUGAUGCUGAAAUUGCCAGAAAACUGCAGGAAGAAGAACUUCUGGCUACCCAGGUAGAUAUGAGAGCAGCUCAAGUGGCCCAAGAUGAAGAAAUUGCUCGUCUUUUAAUGGCUGAGGAAAAGAAAGCUUACAAGAAAGCCAGGGAACGGGAAAAAUCAUCUUUAGAAAAAAGAAAGCACGACCCAGAAUGGAAGCCAAAGUCAGCUAAGUCUACGCAUCCAAAGUCAAAAGAGAAUGAUGAAACUCACCGUUCUAAGCAUGACAGACCAGCACGGUCGCCACCAGCAACCAUGGCGGAAGCCGAGGGUAUGGACUAUACUCAUUUUACAAAGCAGCAUAGUUCCGGCCGUCAUGUCUCCAAGUCAGAGUCCUCUCACAAAGGUUUCCAUUACAAGCCAUAGAAACCUAUGAUUCUUCCUUGAAAAUGGACUCACCAUAGCAAAAAUUACUAGCUGAUACAGAAUGCAUUCCACAUUAUUUUCCCCUCAUUAUUUACAUCUCUGGGAUUUAUUCUGUUUUGUUUUUUGUUUUUUGUAUGACCAUAUAUAUUUUUACUUUAUUUCACAUGUUUUGGUUACUCUUGAUCACGUGGGCAGUGUAAGAAAAUGUAGCUCCUGACUGAUGUCAGCCUCUGUGCUGUAAAUCCUACCUGGAAUCUCAUGUCCAAGAGUUCUGUCAAAAUUCCCUUUUGGAAUUAUGGAAUUAUGGAAUUGUGGUCUCUAGGGACUAGACUUUGUUUAGCAGUUAGAAUUAUGUGGAGUAGAAUGGACAAAGUGGAAGUGUGUUUGGAUGCAAUGUAGAAUAAAAGUGUAAGAAGUACUUUUUUGGUGCAUUAGUUUAUCAUGUUUUGAAGGACAGAGCUGGGGCCUUUUGUGCUGUAUAAAAAAAAUCACAAUCAUAAGGAAUUUAAAAAGAAAAUUCCCACAGGGUUUUAAACUUGCUGUUCUUUACAUAUGACUGUAGAGGUCAUUGUAAGAAAUUGGUAAUUGGCAGGAGACUGAACCUCUGUUGUUCCUUUGGUGUCAAGGCUUUCUAAAGCUGUUGGGAAAUGGCCCUGGUAUUAAUUUUUAUGACAAAAAGCUUAAUUUUCUGAAAUGUUAGUUUAGUUCCACGUAAAUUCAUUUGAAAAUGAGUCUUCUGUGUUCUUCACUUGUUUUAAGUUACUUACAGAGCUAAAGGAAGUAGGAGAGAGUUGUACAAGGGAUGAUGUUGUCAUUCUCUGUAUUGAUUAGAAGUUUUAUUCUUGCUUACAAACACAGAAAUGUUUGUUGACAACAUGUCAGUGUUGUUCUCUGUUCAUAUCAGCUAGAAUAAUGCAACAUGAAGCUUGGUAAACUAGUUUUUUUUUUUACAAUAUUUUACUCAUUUGUUAAUGAACAUUGUAUGUGUUUGUGUAAGACAUUUAAAGCUCUCCUUCAGGAAAUCAAGUCUGCCUGUGAGCUAACCUCAUGGA